UGCCUCAAGACUGUCCAUAAUUUUAAAGGGUGCCUCAGGACUGUCCAUAAUUUUAAAGGGUGCCUCAAGACUGUCCAUGAUUUUAAAGGGUGCCUCAGGACUGUCCAUAAUUUUAAAGGGUGCCUCAAGACUGUCCAUAAUUUUAAAGGGUGCCUCAGGACUGUCCAUUAUUUUAAAGGGUGCCUCAAGACUGCCCAUAAUUUUAAAGGGUGCCUCAAGACUGCCCAUAAUUUUAAAGGGUGCCUCAAGACUGUCCAUAAUUUUAAAGGGUGCCUCAGGACUGUCCAUAAUUUUAAAGGGUGCCUCAAGACUGUCCAUAAUUUUAAAGGGUGCCUCAAGACUGUCCAUAAUUUUAAAGGGUGCCUCAGGACUGUCCAUAAUUUUAAAGGGUGCCUCAAGACUGUCC